AGCUGAUAAAAAGUGACAUCGCCACAGCCGCAAGUUCAAAGUUUUGGUGCUUUUUGUUUCCCUUUUCGUGUGGUGAGGCUCUUGCGGUUUAGGUUUAGAAAAUUACUUCAUAUCAAUAAUGGUGUUAGAUAUAGAUUUAUUUAGGGAAGAGAAAGGUGGAGACCCUAAUAAGUUAAGAAAAAAUCAAACUGAUCGCUUUAAAGAUGUCACACUUGUGGACAAAGUUAUUGAAAAAGAUGCUUUCUGGAGGCAAUUGCGUUUUUCGGCUGACAGGCUCAAUCGAUCAAAAAAUGUUAUCAGCAAGGAAAUCGGAGAGAGGAUGAAGAAAGAAGCUAAAUCUCAAAGUGGGGAUAAAAAAGCGAAACUUCCAGUUAAAGUCAGUAAUGAUACGGAAUCAGCUUUGCUGAAGAUGAGCUUAGAAGAGUUGAAUGACUUUUUCGAAUCGAAUAGUUACUGCGAUGGAUAUGUGCCUAGCUGUGUUGAUAGUUCGCUGUACAGUACUGUUUCUAGUAGGCCUAGUAAUGUUUCCAACAACUACCCUCAUCUCCAUAGGUGGUUGAGGCAUAUGAAGUCUUUCAGCAUGCCUUUUAGCCAGAAAAAAGAAAACCCAGGAGAUGAGAGUGCUGAAGUGCCUUCGACGAUUGAUGUGACCCAGCUGGAGGUGGAUGCGCUGAAGCCACUCACCGUCUCACAGCUGAAGAAAGUGCGCACAAUGGUCGACGAUAAGAUGAGAGAGAUAGAGAGAAACCUGCUGCAGACAGAGACCGAACGAAACGCCUCCUUGUUCGAGAUCGGAAACAUGCUGCAUCCAUCGGUUCCUAUUAGCAAAGAUGAGGAUGAGAAUGCAGUUGUAUGCACUUAUGGUGAUAUCACCGUUCGAAAGAAGUACUCUCACUUCGAUCUGAUUCAUAUGAUAGAUGGUGUGGACUCUGAAGCAGGAGCUAUCACAGCUGGAGGUCGUGGCUAUUACUUGAAGGGACCCGCCGUUAUGCUACAACUUGGUCUGAUGCAGCUUGCCAUCCAGAAGUGGUUCGGUAAAGGCUACACACCUCUGUACACGCCCUACUUCAUGAGGAAAGAGGUGAUGCAGGAAGUGGCUCAGCUGGCUCAAUUCGACGAGGAACUCUACAAGGUGGUGGGGAAAGGUAGCGAGAAGGCGGGCGAAGACGUGCCGGCCGAGGAGAAGUACCUGAUCGCGACAUCUGAGCAGCCGAUCGCGGCGUUACACCGCGACUCGUGGAUGGCCGAGGACUCACUGCCCAUCCGCUACGUCGGCCAGUCCACCUGCUUCCGCCAGGAGGUCGGCUCCCACGGCCGGGACACGCGCGGCAUCUUCCGCGUGCACCAGUUUGAGAAGAUAGAGCAGUUCUGUAUCACAUCGCCACACGACGACAAGUCGUGGGAGAUGCUGGACGAAAUGAUCGCCAACUCGAAGGAGUUCUACGAGGAGCUGAAAAUUGCGUACCGCGUGGUGAACAUCGUGUCGGGCGCACUGAACAACGCGGCUGCCAAGAAGCUGGACCUGGAGGCGUGGUUCCCGGGCUCGGGCGCCUUCCGCGAGCUGGUCUCCUGUAGCAACUGUCUCGACUACCAGUCCCGGCGUCUGCUGGUGCGCUACGGCAAAACAAAGAAGAUGAAUGCUCAGACAUCAUACGUGCACAUGUUGAAUGCAACAUGCUGUGCCACGACGCGGGUGAUUUGUGCAAUUCUGGAGACCUACCAAACUGAGACCGGCAUCACAGUGCCAGAUGUAUUGAAGCCUUACAUGCCAGAAAAGUACAAAAACGAGAUUCCUUUUGUGAAGACGGCACCCAUCGAUGAAGAAGCCACAAAGAAACAGAAGAAGCAAAAGGAGGGCAUGCUCAAGAAGGCGGCUGAAAGUGCCUAGCAUUUCGCAAACGUCAGCAUGUUCCAAACUACUGCAGCUUCCUGGUGAAUAAUUCAAUUUUUACAUCCUUAGGUUCUAAACCGGCUUUGUCAGCAUUAAAAUCCAUUUGAGAUAA